AUGGGGAGGACUUAUGGGAGGCGGACCUUCAUUGGGUGCUGCAUUUUCUCCACAGUGACGAUUCGUAAGGUUUAUAUAUUGAUUUUGUCUCGUUUUUGGAGGUAAAAAAAUAUUCAAUCUAACUGAAGUGUUGUUGUUUAGUGGCCGUGUUGUACGAUGAGCACCUCCAACGACAACGAAGGCAAGUAAACGUUGUUUAUCGGCUAAAUCAGAUCAAUCAAAAGGAGAAUAUGGCCAAAUAUGAAACUCAGAAACAGCGGGGUCUUCUUGAGGAGUAAUUAGGCGGAAUAAAAAGAAAUUUUAUCGGGUUCUUGUUGUGUCAGGUUUUGAAAGAAGUUAUUAUUCUUCUCUUUAUCGUGUUUUCUCCGUUCAAAUUGUUAUUUCAAAAUGAUUUUAGACAUGUUGAGCAGAUUCUUUUCUCCACUUCUUAAACCUUUCCGAAGUCUCACCCUCGGUGGACAUCCCGAUCUUCAGAAGUCGAAUUGGAAGAAGGAUGUGGUCUACCUGUUCCAAUUCAAGCGGUCCCCAGUGAUUCCCAAUCUUUCUCCGUUUUGUAUUAAAAUCGAGACCUUCCUCCGGGCGCAUGAUAUUCCAUAUGAGCCGAUUGGAAGUUGGACUACCCGCUCAAAACAAGGUCGAGUCCCCUUCAUUGAGCUGAAUGGAGAACAGAUUGCUGAUUCGCAGAUCAUCAUUUGGCAUUUGAUCAAACAUUUCAACAUUGAUGUGAGUUUUAUUUACUUUAAUAUUAUCCAUGUUUAGGAAGGGCUGUCCAAGGAACAAAAAGCUCUGUCAAGAGCUGUGGAACGGUUGGCUGAGGGCAGUAUCUACUAGUAAGUGAAGCUAGGGUAUUGAUCAUAUUUUUAGUCCGAUUACCUAUUUCCGAUCAAUCGAAGGCGCUAGAAAUUCUGCUAAUCCUAAUGUCAGCGGGGCCCCGAUCCCAUCGUUCCUUAUCGGAUAUUUUGCCAAUAAGAUUUCUAGUAAUGUAAGAGCCUCUUAAUGGCAUAUUUACUGGAUUUUAGGCCACAGCUCGUCUGAAUUCCGAAGGAAUCGGUAAAAUGCCACGAGAUGUGAUCAUUGAGAUCCUCAGGAAGGAUAUUGAAGCCGUUGAUGGACUCCUCGGAGACAAGAAGUUUAUUAUUGGAGCCAAACCUACAGUUGUAAGUGAUUUUAGAAACAUUCGGAUUGGUUUGAGACUAUAUUUAGAGUAUCCUUGACAAAAAAAUCAAAAAUUUUGUUGUGCUUUAUGUCCUUUCUUUAUUUAGUGGUGAACUGUAAUUGAUGUUUUGUAUUUCCAGGCUGAUUUCACAGUAUUUGGCCACCUCGGAGUCGGCUACUUCCUUCCUUUCCGUCAGCCAGUCCAAGAUAUCUUAAAUGAUGAAUUCCCUCGAGUUCGAGGUCUUCUGGAGAGAAUCAGGCUCCAUUAUUGGCCUGAUUGGGCCCAGGGAUCGAAGGAGGAGUGA